AUGUCCAUACGCCUCAAUUUUUAUCUCGACAAUAUAAUUGAAGAUUGGACGUGUCUCAAAGUAAUAGGCUUUUACCGUACAAAAAUAAAACCAAAGGGUUUGAAAGAACUGCUGAGUUUUAUACAUAAAGAUCUUCGAGACAUUGCAAAUUCUAAUCCUGGAUUUGACGCGACAAAGAAGAAAAAAGCUCGGGAAAUACUGGAUAACUGGAAA